AAGAGGAGGGCGUCCCCAUCCUUUCCGUCCCGGCUCGCUCCCGGCUCUCGGGCACGCUGCGGGGAGCACCCGCCCCACCCGUAGCCCCGGCCUGGCCCGCACCGCCUCCGCCGCUGCCCUCUCGCCCCUUCCAGCUCCGCCUCCUCCCCGCGGCCCGAGCCGCCGCUGCCCCCGCCCCUUUAAGGCAGCCGGGGCCGCCUUCCCGCGGCGGCUGCGAGGUCCGGGGGAAGAUGGCGGCGGCCGCUGGCUGGGCAGUGUUGGGCCUAGCGCUGUGGCUGUGCGCGGCAGCCGGCGAGCAGGAGGGGAAGCGGCGGGCAGGGCCGGCCAAGAAGAAGGACAUUCGGGACUACAACGAUGCGGACAUGGCUCGGCUGCUGGAGCAGUGGGAGAAAGAUGAUGACAUUGAAGAGGGAGAUCUUCCUGAACACAAGAGGCCUCCAGCACCAAUAGAUUUCUCAAAAAUUGAUCCGGGCAAGCCUGAAAGUAUCCUGAAGCUGACGAAGAAGGGGAAGACUUUGAUGAUGUUUGUCACAGUGUCAGGAAAUCCUACAGAAAAGGAGACAGAAGAAAUCACUAGCUUGUGGCAGGGCAGCCUCUUCAAUGCAAACUAUGACGUGCAAAGGUUUAUUGUUGGCUCAAACCGAGCCAUCUUUAUGCUGCGUGAUGGUGGUUACGCCUGGGAGAUCAAAGACUUCCUGAUAAAUCAAGAAAGGUGUGCGGAUGUUACUCUGGAAGGUCAGGUUUAUCCUGGAAAAGGAGGAGAAGAAAAUGAGAAAAUGAAAAACAAAACCAAACCUGAAAAAGCAAAGAAGAAAAAAGACGCAGACAAGAAAUCUAACAGCAUCAAAGAGGACAACCGAGCAACCAAACAGAGGGAGGAUCUAUGAUGGAUGUGUUAACAAGACUGAAUACUGUUCCUUGAAGGGAAGCUAAAUUUCCAUGCGAUUCCUGGGUUUAUUGAGGGGGAAGGAAGGAAGCAGAGGUUACUGAGGUUAAAAGACUUUUAUGUUGAAAUUCACCAGUUUACUUAUUAAUGUUGGCCAUUUGUUUAGUUACAGGAAAGGUAAUGUUUAAUACUUUAGUUUGUAAUUUUGUAUGCUUUUGUGUUAAAAUUAACAUACAAAUCUGUGUGUCUAACAUUGCAGACUUAAGUGGAAAAGAAGAAACACAUUCUCAGAAUACACUGAUACUCAUCUUUAGUAUCCACAUACAUCUUGGCUGUGUGAGUUAGUCAUUGAUUUGUAACUGCCGAUGGAUAGCAGAAUGCAAUGCUAAAAGAUUCUCUUGGAAGUCAGUUUGCUAGUCAGUUGGAAAACUGCAUAAAAUUGCAAAGAAUAGUGGUACAUUGGCCAAAGAUGCCUGAAACUGCAGGGUUUAGGACGUAUCUGGUUAGACUGCCUGUUUCUUUAAAAUAAACAAAACCUGCUCUGUUCGUCCCAAGAAAUCCGUGGAAGUUCUUAGAAGCAGGAUAGAAGCUAGGCAGAGAACUCAGCUAAUUCACUCCAAAUCAGCGCAGAAAGGAGAUUCUUCAAAGUGAUGCUGGGCUGUUAAUGGAAUUACAGCACCUGCAUGAGCCGUGUCAGGGCAAAGGGAAAGUUGGAUUCAUAGCAUUCAGGUUGCUGCUGCUGCUGCCAAAGAACUGUGCCUCUGGAAGCGGAUGUUAUGUAUGCCCUAUUAUCUAGACAGUGAGCUAGAAGAAAUAGCUUUACCUCUGAAAUUAAUUUGUUUUAUUGGUUUAAGGGUUUGCUUAAAUCUUUGAAAAGGCACUAGUUGCAGUGCAGAGCUCAACUUUGAGUUAGACAUAUCCCUUCCUUGUGUUUAAUAACCAGAUUAUUAUUUUUUGUUUGGGUACAGAUUGCUGACUGACAUGGUUGAUUGUGGGGGAAAAAAAAAGCAUUGAUUUAAAUGCUCCGAAGUUUGAUGUAUGGGAGCAAAUACAAUUUCUCCUUGACAUACUUUGUAUACUUGGGAAUGUUUUUAUUAUUAUUCAGAUUGUAUUCUGUCAAAUUCAUUACUUAGAAUUGUUUCCCUUCUGCCUUACUACCUAUUAGGGACUAAAUGCACCUUGUAUGUAUGGUCCACAUAAUUUUCCAGAGGAUGAGCACAGUAUUAACUGUCUUCAUUCAAUACUACUAAGAUGUUACUUUGACUCUUUAUUUAAGGUGCUAAAAUCCAAAUGUUUUGGAUAAAAGGUCCUAAUUGAACCAUAAUGGUUAAUCUUGUGGAAUACUUCGGUAUCAAAAGUGGGAAACUGACCUAUUGAGUGCUUGUCCUAAAAUAAAAGAUGUGACUAAACUUACUGUUUCACUGAGUAGUAAAACCUUUUAAAUAAUUAAUGCAUUUAGUUAGGUAUUCAGGAGAGACACUAAUCCAUCUUUGGUUUCUGUACAUAAGAACUAAAUGAUGUUGAUGAAGGUUCCAGGUGAUCGGGUUUAUUUAAUUUUAAUUAUAUUUGUAUGAAUUUAGGAUUAAAGAAACCUUUCUGGCCACACUUGAUUAAACAGGUCUGUGCCUAUUUGAGUGGAAAAUGAAAUAAUGUGUUUCUUCAGAAUUAACUGUAUUACUUUUAUAUUCUACUAUUAAUCCAAAUGUGUAGCAGAGUUGAGAAGAGUCUCUGUAGGUGUUUGGAUAUCACAUUGCAGCAAGGUGUGCAGUCCAUUUCUUGUUCAUUACUCAUUUAUCACUUUGUCAAGUGUUCUGGGUUUGCACCUCCCUUUUUUUAAGGAAUAUUGCUUCUCAUCUUAAGAGACGAACAGAGGUCAGAUGAACCAAUAAAUACAAAAUAUUAAUGCGUGUUUUUCUUUUUUCAACUUAAAUCUAUGGUAUAGAGAUGACAAUUUAGAUUAUGAGCAGAAAUAUGUGGAAAUGCAGUUCCUGUAGUUUUCCUAAUCUUAGGAAACAUAAACCUGAUUUUUUUUGAUCAAAGCGAGUUCUUCUUGAGCUAAACAAUGAAGCAAUUUAAACCUACAUACAAAGGCAACUCAGCCAACGAGGAGAAAAAAAUUACACUAUCUAGUUAUGGCCCAGCUUUUGAGAAUAGAUACUUGUUUUAGUUGUUCAUAAAUCCACAUUUACAGCAGAUUGGAGCCCUUUCCCUUCAUAGUUAAAAGGAAGGGGGUAAUUUUGAAAUUCAGCCAGCUACUUGACUGGGUUUUUUGUUUGGUGGUUUUGAAUUGUUAAGUUGCCUGUGCCAAAUGUAGGCACGUUUUGUGCCAUUUAGCUCACUUUAAAUUUUAAACUGUGUUUUGGUUUUUUAGGUUUUCUUUAUUUUUUUUUUUUUUUUUUAAUGGGAGUAAUGACUUGAGAGUGCUUUUGGAUAUAAAACACAAAAUACUGCCUUCAAGUAGCCUUUUCUUUUUGUCUUCCAUUUUUCUCCCUUUUUCAUGCUUUACACUCAACAAACAGCUAAAUAUGUUAGCAAGUAUAAUGUGGCAACCUGGCAGGAACUUCUUCACCCAGCCAGACUUUCUUUGCUAUCGCAGUUCAUAACUACUCCAAAACCACUUAUGUUCCCUUUUGGAACUGGAAACCUUUGAGCCCCUAGGACUUGUCCCGUUACAGUGUUACAUUAGCAGAUGUUACCUGGUAAUGUUUUAAGAGACCUGAACAUAAUAUCACUUUUAUAUGUGUACAUGUAAAAAUAAAUACCUUCAUAAAGUCACUUCAGGUCAUUAACGUUCUGUAAGUGCCACAGCAGAUGUUGGAUUCUGCGUUUGAGUCUCAUCAGCCUUCCAGUAACAGAUUUUUGGCUCUACAUACAGGCAGUUCAGAUACUGCCUUUAAAGCUAAUUUCACCAAGGAGGGUGGUGAUUAUAGCUUUUCUAUUUCCUUAUUUUUUCAGUAUUAAGCAGAGGUAUGUGGAAAAUAAUCUGCUUUCAUGACAGCUAAAUGCCUGCUGCCUUUCUCCACUCAGCUUGGUGGUUUCUCUGUUCUAGUGCCAUAACUAAGUUUUCUAAGUUACUGUUCUGUUUUUAACCCAGCUGUCCUCAGAAAAAACAGUUUGGCAAUGGUACUACACAAGAUGUGGUUGCACUUUGUGAAAAAUUUCCAAUGGACAAUCAACUUUUUUUAUGUAAUAAAAUACCGGAACAAA